GUUGUUUUCUUUUCCUACAAUUCAAAGAUUGAAGAGUGAUCACGGUGUUUUAAGCUUUUCUUUUAUGUGUUCGUCGUGGUAAUGAUUUCGAAGAAUGUUCAAAUUUGUUUCGAGGUAACAUGUUAGGAUCAGGUGUACGGCAUCCUAAGGAGGUUACUGUAAGAGUUUUGAAAGCUGAAAACUUGCGUGUGGCUCCUCGUUCUGAUCAUAAACAAAGAAAAGUCAGUCAGAAAUGGAAGGUUGUGAUAUUGGGCGGCAAGAAGAAAAUAAGCUCAGAAUCUGUUUUCGCACCGGAUGGUAAUCCUGUUUGGGAUUUUGAAACGACCUUAAAAAUUGCUACUCGGGGUGAUCCAGUUGUCCUUUUGGUUUCGGAUUCUGAAGAUAAUCAUGCUGGACAAGUCGUAGUGCCUGGAGUUUCUAUUCCGCCAAAGCCAACAGACUCUUCCAUUAGUCCCACCGACGGUUCUCGACUAUGUAUUAUGGAUGUCGAGCAAACAAAGAAAACAGAAGUCGGGUUUGGAAGACUGUACUUUUGGAUUUGGGUUGAAGAAUACCGCAGCGAGGAUUCUAAAAGUAGAAGCUCCAAGGGUUCUGUCUUGAGUUUAUCUAGCUUGCACCUCCAUAAAGACAAAGGCUCAACACCUAAUUCACUGAAUUACAGCGGGAGUGUUAUAAGCCUAUCUUCCACUCAUGGGGAUUCAAAGGAAAAGAAACCGUGGUAUAAAAAGAAAACAUCACAAGCGUUGCAUGCAGCUGCUGCACUUUCCUACACACGUCCACCUGUUAGCCCAAUGUCUAAUAAAAAGCCAGUAGGGAAUGGUUACAACCCGUUUGAUUAUUAUCAUCAAAAUUUACAUGAAGACGAUGGGAUGAUUGAAGAAAGAGAUGGAAGUGUACUUGGUGCUUAUAGUGAAUUAACCAGCAGUGAUUUAAAUCCUAUGACAAACCAUUCUGUUCGUUAUUCGAAUGAGAAACCAGUCAACCCUUUAUCACUAUUAUCAACCAUAAGUCAUUCGAAAAACUUGGACUACCCAACAUCUUUGGAACAAAGUAAUAAUUUAUCUUCAAAUGUGACAGAUAGCUGUAAGAAUUCAAGUGACAGCUUAAAAUCUAAACCAGAACUGAUCAGAAUAGCUCCAAAAUGUGGUCCGUCUUCAGGUGGCACCGAGCUUACCGUCUACUGUCAUAACCUCACAAAUGAGACAAUGCAAGAAGCCUCUGUUUUUGUUAGUGACCAGCAAGUUCCCAGACAAGACUGGUUCUUUCAAGAGUCUAAUCAGCCUGAUCGAUCUCAACUUCGCAUUCAUAUGCCUUCAUUACCAUCUGGACGUUAUCCUAUUUACAUUGAUACUAAGGAAUUUGGUCGUAUUUGCAGUAAGCAGGAGUUCACUUACUUACAGUCUAAUGCAAAUCCUGUUCACUCCCCAGCAAGUAGCCUAUUUGUAAGUACUAAUAAUGAUCGUGAAAGUUUUGUGUCUCGAAAAGGGCGUCCUACCGGUGAGUCGGAACUAGGUGAUUCAAAAGUAACUUCACAUGAUAAUACACCUAAAUUUGUGCCAUCUUUUAAACGUAGUGAGGUUACAAGGCCACCUGGUUUGUCUAGGAUAACAACUAAACCAACAGAAACGUCGUCAAAAUUAAAUGGAGAUAACAAAAUGAGUCAGCCAGUUAACGGCAUGUCAGCAAGUAAAGAACCCAUGUUUGCUUCACGUCACCAACCUGUUGAAGAUGCAGAAUUUGAAACUGCCUCAGCUAUGUCUGGUGACACAUCAGAGACAAUGGGAUUCAGUGAAAUUAAUAAACCUCGCCGUGGUUCCGAUCGGAGUGCUGCUUCUGGACGAUCUAAAAGUAUUAUGGGUACUGGUGAAGAUGAAGGCUUGAGACUUGAAAAUGAAGCUUUACGUUCAAUGCUAAAUGAUGCUAACCGUCUUAUCACUACAAUUAAAUCGCAAACACUAACUCUUGAAACAGAAUUGAAUGAUAAAGUUAAUGAUAUUGAUCGUUUAUCUAAAGAAUUGUGUCGUUUGAAAAAUCGUCUUCUCAUGGAUGGAUUAACACAGUAUUUGGAACGAGUUUAAACUAUUAAUGGAUUCUCGAUAGUAUUUGAAACAACCAGAAAAACGAAAUAUGGAAUCGUUUAUUUUAAGUUUCUGUGAUCGACUCAACUUCUUGAUACGUAUACUUUUAUUUGUUUUUUUUCUCUCUCUCUCUCCUGAUCUGUCCCCUGUCUGUCCACCGAAACUCACCUGACUUUAUUUUUUGUUGAUUGAUUAUAAAAUUUUCGUUUUUUUUGAUGACUAUUGUCUAACAUUUUGUAUUGCUUCUAUUACGUUAUUUUUCUCAUUGUCUGUAUCAGGCAUUUACGCUCAUUAUUUAUUCAUUCAUUCGCGUUCUUUUACAAUUUCCCAUUGUCUGUCUCUAUUUUUGAGUGUGUCUGUGUGUGUGUGUAUGUGUGCUAAAUUCCUUAACUUGUCAUAAAGUGAUUAUUCUUAUCUUUUCUUCUACCAUUCCUCUCAUUAUUAUCAAUUAUUUGCUACUAUUAUUGUCCUUUGUUCAAUAUGUUUUGUUCAAUGUUUCAACAGCAGAGAAAGAAUAUUUUUACUCUCAGUUAGCAUAUUGUCAUUACUGUUGAUUCUACUGUUUUUUUUAUGUACGACAUUUUGUUACAUAAAUAUUUUCAUGCCUUCUUUAAUUACAUUAUUAUGACCUGAGGUGAAAAGUGAGUGCAAGUCUUGUGCCUGUUGUAGGUAUGUUUGUGUGUUGGCUUUGUGAAUUAUAUAAACAAAGAUUGUCGUAUUAUUUUCCUUUAUAUUGAACAUUUUGUUCUGUUACACUGUUGUGUGGUAAACACUACCGCUAUAGCAUCAUUUCAUUGUUGAUAUUUUUUAUUGUGUUAUAUGACUUCAUCUAUUUGUAAGCUACAGAUCAAAUCUUCCAUUUUGGCAGUAGGGUUUUACUGCUUUCCUUUUAACUUCUUCGUCUGUUGAACCCUGAGACAAAUGUCAACACUUUGCUCAAACAAAAUAUUAGCUGAGUUAAUAUAAGUAACUAGUGAGCAAACUAUUAGGCAAUAAACGAACUAUCAUGGGAAAUACUGAUCUCUGCUCCAAAAAAAGUAUAUGCAGAGUUAAGUAUACAUAGAAAUGUACGACAUAAAUGCCCAUUUCAAAUUUGCAGAAUAUUCAUUCAUUGAUUUUUUUUUCUAAACUGAGUUAUUCUUAUCAAUAAAAGCAUAAAACUAAAUAAUAA